UAUUGAUAGAUAAUUUGCUAUCAUUGAGUCUAGAAUGUCAUCUUAUUAGAAUCUACACCACCGUUAAUUCUAUCAGGGGUGUUAUCAACGUUAUCUAGCUCCUCUUAGUAGUUUCAAUUGCGCAUAGUUACGAUAAAAGUAAAAACUCGGGCUGAUCAACGUGAUAAGCAACGCCUAGUCCCAAGCCAUUGAAUCCAAGUCCGACGGGGGCUGAUCUCUUGUCUAACAUAUCCGUUCCGCGCCUUUGGCGUUUUCUCCCACAUCAAUUUCCCAUUUUUCCCAUUUACAAUGUGAUCUUGACAUCAUUCCGACCUAUCGUAAACUCGAAAGCCAAUAUCACCGGCUGUUGAAUUGACUUCUCGCGACGUGGCGGAUGCAGAGGCGGCAUAAGCAAGGAACUCACUAUGCGUUCGCGCCCGUACACGCCGCCACCUUCGCUGCCACCAUUUCUCGCCGAAUUAGCCACAUUGCUCCCCAAUCGUGAGUGCAGAAGCAGCGAGGGCGACAGAGCGACAUCAUUGUUAUAUCUGGAUCCUGAGACGAGUCGGUUGUUGCCGGCAAAAGAGCGACCGCAACAUUGUGUAAGAGUGCAGGGUCGAUUGGCGCCGGUGCGCAGUGUUUCUGUUGCCAACCUGCGGUCGACAAGCCAGACGCGUUUCGACACGGCAGUAAGCGGUACUCCGGCUCGACCCCGGAGGCCGCGAAGCUCAGAUGACCUAAAUCACGAGGUGGGAAGUGAGAUCAGGGAGAGGGAUUCCCAACUCAGAGGCUAUGGCAUUGGCGGACGGGGCAAUAUCCGUCGGCCAACAGAGGUCAUAGGGACUCAAUCCGAGUCCUCCUUAUCCGCGCUCUCGCUCUUUUCAAGUAGCAGCUCGACGACGCACCGCUCAUUCUCAGGGCCAGGUGUGGAUAAGAAAUUUAGUUUUUCGGGAUUAUUAAAUCGAAUCGAAGAGCGCAGGGGGAAGGAGUAUUUGAAUAUGAAUAAUGAUACGGCUUAUGGAAGAAGCCUGACUCGAGCCUAGGGAUAUAUCACGAAGUUUUUAUUACGAGUUCACUAUAUAUAAUGCAUAGCCUGGAUCUGAGAGGCAGGUCUAACUUAAUUGGAAUACAUAGUAUAGUUAAAGACGUAUCGCGUUGUUUUAGCGGUUGUCUUAGUAUAUAUGAGCUUCUACUAAAAUUUCCCAAGUCACCUAUCUACCUACUCUAAUAGAUAGAAAAAUAAUUAGUUAAUCAAAGAUGUUAGGUAGGUAGAUUUAGUGCUUAAUAUAGAUACCUACACAGUCGAUGAUGGAUGUCUGCUUCU